AUGGGUGCAUUAACAAGCAGACAAAAUGCGGGAGUGGAAGAAGCUGAUGUAGUUUCAAAUCAUGCAUACAAGUAUCCUCCAAGAUCUGGUAAUUACUUUGGGAGUCAUUUUAUAAUGGGAGGUGAAAGAUUUGACACUCCACAACCAGAAGCAUACCUGUUUGGGGAGAAUGCUGAUCUCAAUUUCCUUGGGAGCAGACCAACACCAUUCCCAUACCCACCACCUCAGUCAAAUGAACCAACAAAAACCUUACGGAGUCUUAUCAAUAUACGGAAAGAAUCACUACGUUUUGUGAGAUGCCCAGAACCAGUGGGAAAAAUAAACGAAACAAACAAAAUAGGAGAUGGUCCCGUUAAAACUAAUGAGUGUAAUACCAAAGGAACAUAUUAUAACAUUGAGUUCACUUUUGAUAAUGAUGUUAGAUGUGCCAUUACUGUAUUCUACUUCUGCACUGAAGAGGUCACUCCUACUGGUGUGGUCUAUUAUCCUCGAGAUCCCUCAAUGACGUCCCAGACUUAUCACUACAAGAAAGGUGCUAACCAACAGUUUUGUCAGAUAUCCCACGUGUUUGACCCGUCUAAAUUUGCUGAGGAGGACCUGAUUUACAAUGCCGACCGCGAGAUCAUUCCAAUCGCUAUCUACUGUGUUGUUGAUGAGGGACAAGAUGAAAUACGACAAUCACACACAACAAUAGCGAUAGUCGAGAAGCAUUUGGAUGGCACUUAUGUGUUAAAAGCCCUAAAACAAAAACUAUUUGUUGACGGACUUUGUUAUCUGUUGCAAGAGAUUUAUGGUAUUGAAAACAAAAAUCUCGACACUAAACCAAGUUCGGAUGAAGAAACAGAAGACGGUGGUUCGGAAUGUGUUAUUUGUAUGUGUGAUGUCCGCGACACGCUCAUUUUGCCGUGUCGCCACUUGUGUUUAUGCAACUCUUGCGCAGACUCGCUGCGGUAUCAGGCCAACAAUUGCCCUAUUUGUCGAGCCCCAUUCAGGGCGCUGUUACAAAUAAGAGCUUUGCAGAAGAUUACUGCAUCACCGACUCCGCCGGCGCUCUUACCGGCUUCGAGCCCACCUGAUGGCAGCAUGGAAAAUAUUCCAGCUGGCUACGAGCCGGUCUCGCUGAUUGAGGCAUUGAAUGGACCGCGCGCCCGACCACCGCCCCUUGCCCCGCCUGCCCCCACCAUCGCCAGCCCGGACACUGAUACUGCCUCACAGGCUGCUGAGGUUCUUAAUCGCUGUGUGGUGGAACGCAGUUCCUCUACAAGUCUAGGCAGCCGUCGAAGCAAUUCUCGUGAUGAGAAGCGGGACCGCUUGACCCAGCAUCCGCUAACACCAGAGUUCCGCAUGUCAGUACUACUUGCUCGGGAACAACAAUCGAAACGCGACGAAAAGGCAGCCAGCCCAUUACUCUACAAGCACAAUAGUACCAGCGUUCCUGAAAAGCUGUCUAAAAGCAAGACUUCACUAAACUCGAUCCCAAAUUCGAUUCAUCGUUCCGAAGAAGAGAGCUGCUCUUGCUCCAUGCAGGAUGGACCUCGGAGUGAAAUUGGCUCGGGCGAAGCUAAUGAAGCCGACGACGAGAACUGCAUCGGGGACGUCGCGGGGGAAGAGGGGGAGCCUGAUAGCGAUGCGGAGAGGCGCUCCCCGCUGCUUACGCAGGUCACACCAAAUGGGAUACUGAAGUCAAAUGGUUCUCUGCGCACGCCGAGCUUGGAGGCGAUCCGGGGCCCUGCUUUGGCACACAUCGAUGACACCGACACUGAAGAACCGGAUCAGCAGCACUCUGAGCCGCUCUCGCGUACUGACGCUGGGUCGCCAGGCGUGGCCGAAGACUCGGACUAUUUCACCCCGGAGGAUACUAACACCACCAUACUGACUACGCCCAAGCCCCCGCACGCAGAUAUAGGUAGCAAGGUGGGCGGAGAAAAUGCGCCGCAACGAUGGGCGUUACCGCACCAUGUAACUUCUUUACCCGGUACUCCACUUUCGCAAUCCAGCGUCCGCUCAUCUGGCGACUCCUAUAGUUCCACAUCUUCAACACGACAACUGUUGGCUACAGCCCCCCUGACCGCUGACACACCGUGUUAA